AUGGUUGCUUCAUAUCCACUCACUCAAGGUGCAUUUGUCCUAGUAACAGGUCGACUAGGCGCCAUCUAUGGCCAUUCUCAGCUCACCCUUCUCGGCUGCUCAAUCUUCACCCUCUUCUCUCUCAUCAAUGCAUUCACCAAGACCUACGAUUCAUUCAUCGCCAUGCGCGCUUUGACUGGUGUUGGCGGAGGUAUCUUCAUGCCCAAUGCCGUAUCAAUUAUCACCACCAUGGUCCCACCAGGUCGAUCGCGAAAUGUCGUUUUGGGUUUCUUUGCAGCUUCGCCGCCUCUGGGAGGAAUGAUCGGUUCGCUAGUAGCGGGUGUAUUCAUCGAUUAUGUAACUUGGAUGUGGCUUUUUGUUCUCAUCCAAGCGCCAUCAGCUGGAUGGAACGCUCCCUACGAGAUAGCCCUACUGGUUCUUUCGGUAGUAAUGUUUCUUGCCUUUCUGCUCUGGGAGAAGCGUUAUGCCAAGGAUCCCAUCAUGCCGCUCUCAGUCUUUCAAGCGCCGACUUUUACAGCUUUAGUCUUUGUUGUGCUUCUGAGCUACAUGGCUUUCGGGAUCGGUCUCUGGUACUCAACGAGUUGGCAGUACCUCCUGCGCGGAAUAUCUGUCACUCAAAUUGGCAUUAAUUGGGUACCAUUAGGGCUAAGCUCUGUGUUCGCCGUGUUCUUCGCAGCAUGGCUAAUCCCCCGCGUUGCAGCGCAAUGGAUAAUGGCAAUCGGUGUGAUUGUCACCCUAGUUGGCAAUAUCCUCCUCGCGACAAUGCCAGUACAGCAAACAUAUUGGGCGCAGGUCUUCCCAGCGAUGAUUCUCUACGGUUUCUGCCCCGACUUGGUAUACGUUGCGGCACAAGUGAUCGCGAGCAACAGCGUCAGCCGUCGUCAACAGGGCGUAGCGAGCAGUCUGAUCGGAACCCUUAACCUCUAUGGAAACAGUUUAGGUCAAGGCUUUGCUGGGACGAUUGAGACAGAGGUUGGAACGAGUAACGGUGAUGAAGUUAGGGGAUAUAGGGCAGCUCUGUACUUUGCGGCUGGCUUGGCAGUGCUUGGCUUGGCUUUGGAUGUCUUGUUUGUCAGGGUGCCGAAAGAUCAGCGCGAAGGAUGGGAUGAUGAGCCUGACAACGGUGAGCAAGAGCUGGACGGCAUGACUACCGCUAUUGAGGGACGGACCUCACUACGAACUUGA